CCCGGUGCUGGCGGAGGAAGCGACGCUGACGCAGCAGCGCGGAGCCCGGCGUUCGGGCGCCGCUGGAUCUCGCCCCACCCGGGGUGACAAUGAAACCACCUGCCUGUAACAACGUGCAAGCAGUCAAAUACCUGGGAUUUAUCUCUACUGUGUGCCCUGGACCAGGAUUCAGAUGAUCUUUACUAGAUAUGAGACUAGACAUUGAUCCUAUGACGCAUGCCCGGAAGAAACAACUUUUCCUUCUGAAACGUCCAGCUGGUUCUGCUGGCCAGGUUUCAUCACCCACAGGCAACGGGAGGAUGGACAGGACUCAGGCGGAGUGCAGCGAGCAAAAGGACAGGGAUGCCACUGAGGUUGCCAGCAGUUUGAGUGGAUUUGUGGGGACAAGCAAAAGCAAGAAUUUGCAGGAAGUCCGAAAAACGUACCCGCUGCGGAAACGUCUGCUCCCUUCAGUGAACAAAAAGACCUGCAAAGUGCUUCUCACCAGGCUGGAGGAUGUGGCUGGAUCUCUGUCAAAAGAGACCCACAGCUGCAAAAAAAAGGAACUUCCCAGCUGGGUGGAAGAGUUGGGGUCCACCUUUUUUGCUGAACAAGUUAAGCCUGUGGGGGCGGGCAAGAGUGAUUCAGCUGGGGAAAAGUGCACAGUAACUUAUCCAGGGACAGAGGAAGACCUUGAUGCUGCUCCUUCAGAGCCCAGGAAACGCAGACUGGCCUCUCUGAAUGCGGAGGCUGUGAACAAUCUGCUCUUUGAGCGGGACGAUGGCUUGUUGUCUGGCAGGCGCUUUCGGAGGGACCCUGCCAAAGCCAGUGGAGACUGUACUGCCAAGAGCAUGCAUUGCAAGGCAGGUGACAGCUGGCCUGCCUUGGAAAAGACAGCUGUGAAAACAGGUAAAGGCAAAAAUCGACAUGAGGCCAGUCAGAAAUACAAUAGCUGUGACCAUUCACUGGAUGAGGUCUUUGAUGACGGGUUAAGGAGAGAGGAUAGUGCCAUCUCCUAUCAUCCCACCCCAAAGAGACUGGCCAGCCUGAACGCUGUGGCUUUCUUGAAGCUGACCCAUGAGAAAGACCAGCCCCUGAAGCAGAGGAGUAAGUCAGAUGGAGAGGGCAAGUCUGAGAACCACUGCUCAAAGUCUACACUCAAAUGGGCCAAAGCCAAUAGGAAGAAUUGUGUCAAGUCCAAAAAGGAAGCGGCCAGCUUAAAAAUGGAAGGUCAGCACAGCUGGCGAGGGCUCACUCUGGGUGCUUUUGGGAAAGCAGAACAGCAGGACUCCUCUAGGCUCUACAGGACAGCCCAACCUGUCCCUUAUGAAUCGCAGUCUAGUAUGGAGGGUUUCUACCAUAGACUGCCUUUGCUCAUGGGUGGGCAAGCUUCCAUGAAGCCAGAAUAUGGAAGACCUGGAGAGAAAUCCCCGACUCCAAAACAGGAAUUUCAUCAGCCUUCCUUUCCUGUGCAGCAGUUCCCCCCUUUGCCUGUUCCUGGGAAUCACACAGAUUGUGGCUGUCUCUAUGAAUCCUCAGAUCUGGCUCCGUUGAACGGGUUUUAUGUUUGUUAUGGCCAAAGUGGAUACCGUGGCUACUCUCACUGCUCAGUUUACCCCAAGGACGAACUUUCGCAGCCUGCUACCUGUGAAGGGCUCUUGGUAUCGCCUGGUUCCUUGCCAUCAGGCACUCAUUUUCAGCCACUCCACUGGUGCAGCUCCCCAUACUGCUGUGGAGAAGGAACAGCCAUCAACAGCUACAGUGUCUGUGGUGUUGUACAUGUGCCGGAUGGCAGGAUCAGCAGUGUGCACACAGGACGGAACAGCUACCCCUACAAAAUGCCUUUUGCAGCAGAAGGCUGCAAGUCUCUGGACCAGCUGAACCUCACAAUUCCGGUGGCAGGGCACCCUGCGUCACCUGCCCACCCGCUCUCAGGAUGUCCUGUACCCAGCGUGCCGCCAGCUGCAGAACCUGUUCCUCAUCUGCAGACCCCCAACUCUGACCCUCAGACCAUGGCCCGUGAAUGUCCCCAGAGCUCAAAGCCUCCCAGUGGCUCCAAAUCUGGUCUCCGAAAUACGCCAGGCUGUCUGCAUGCCUCUGACAGCAAAACGGUGGGAGGCCAUUCCCAUCCAAAGCAACAGCGCAUCAGCAGGCGAAGGGCCACCAAUGGCUGGAUACCUGUUGGCACAGCCUGCGAAAAGGCUGUCUAUGUUGUGAAUGAACCUGAACCAGCCGUUCGCAAGAGCUAUCAGGCUGUGGAGAGAGAUGGAGAGAUUAUCCGGGUACGAGAUACUGUCCUCUUGAAAUCAGGACCCAGGAAGAAAUCUAUGCCAUAUGUUGCGAAGAUAUCGGCACUGUGGGAAGACCCCAAAACAGGGGAGCUGAUGAUGAGCCUCCUGUGGUAUUACAGACCAGAGCACACUCAGGGAGGCCGCAAUCCCAGUAUGCAUCAGAAUGAGAUCUUUGCAUCCCGACAUCAGGAUGAAAACAGUGUUGCCUGCAUAGAGGAGAAGUGCUACGUGCUGACCUUUGCAGAGUACUGCAGAUUCUGUGCCUUGGCAAAGCGUCGAGUCGAAGGGAUCCCUGGCAGGAAAGCUGUCAUGGUUCCUCCCUCGGAAGAAUACUCCACACCUCUGCACCGCAAGGUGCCUGAGGACACUGACCCUGAGCUGGUUUUUCUCUGUCGUCAUGUCUACGAUUUCAGACACGGGCGCAUCUUGAAGAAUCCACAGUAGCAUGGCUCUGCACUGAGACUGUGGUGAGGGUGAGCAGCGCUGGGGAGCUGAUGGCAGGACGGCAGCCUGGGACAUCUGUGUGCUCCCACCCAUUUAUCUUGUGCUGCUCGCAACCAAGAGCUCUCAGUGCUCUUUCCUUGGACUGAAAGGCGUGCAUGGGAGCAGAUCCCUGUGGAGGAAGGCAGUGGUUGAAAGCACAGCACUUCGUUAAAAGCAUAAAUGAAAAUAUAGACGUUAAAAUAAAUAUAUGUAUAUAGAUAUAGGUACUUGCAUAUGUAAAUCUAUAUCUAUAUAUGUAUCUAGAGAUGCAUAUAUUGGGAAGGGUUUGUAGGGGAUAAAAGCCAGUAAGCUGAAUCAGAGCCAUUGUUGGUGGGAGUGGUGGGAAGACACAGGAGGGAUGUGGUGGUGUGUUAUGUGAGUCAAGCUGUAAUAGUCCUGUGGUUCUCGUGUCCUCGUGUGAAGUGGGAGGACUGAGACCAGUUCCUUGGCAGACCGCAGGAACCUCCUCUGUCCAAAAAGAAAGAGAGAGGAUUCCUGGUGAGCGAGAGCUUCUUCGAAAUACAGCUGUUGUUUUUGAGGCUACUUGAAUGCAGAGUAGCCUUGAGUCACACUUGAGUAGGUUUUGCAAGGAAGAGCUAUUCCCUUUUUUUCUUCCUCAUCUUUCUCUUCCCCUCACCUUCUUAAGAACUGUUUUGCAACUCACUGUUUGGACUGAGGCUUGACAGCCAGGCUUGGAAAUCUGCUCCAGCUCAGAGACAGGGAAGGACCUGGCGGGAUUGAUGGCUUUAUGUCCUGGCAUGACAUUGUGGAGAGCUGUACCCACACCCACAGGAUUGCAGCAGAUGUGCAUUGCCCUAAAGCUGGGAGCGCACCAAGUGGGCUCCGUUGGUGGAAACCAGGUUUUCUCUUCUGAGCACUGCUUGCUCAUAUAGCAUAGAAAGCUUUAGGGAUAGAAGUGGGUUUACUCUUUCGUCCAGUUCAUUCGUCUGUAAUGUCCUUUAACACCAUCUUCUCAUUGUGAAGAAGCUAGAUGACAAACACUUAAAGUGUUGCUUUUAGCUUUUUUUUUUAUAAUUUAGCCCCCCUUUAUGUCUCUGUUCUGACCCUGAGUUUCUCAUUGAAGCCACCAGCAGAGCUGUUUCAGUGCUGCGCUGCAGCUUUCUCCCCAUCUCCAAACUCAUCCUGUCAUCUGAGCAAGCUCACCAAAGUGGCUUUGUGGCUCCUGAAAGGAACUGAGUAUUGGGGAAGGGUUUGCAUUGAAAAAUGUAACCUGAGCCUCAUAAAUAUUUCUUUGCCUCUUGC